AUGAUGAAUAUCCUUCAUUCUCCAAUAUUCCGCGGGGUAUUGUCGAGAAUCAGCGGCUGCCUCGCACUUAAAAACGGUCAAGAAUAUCCAUCCGAGAUGGCAGUUUAUGAAUGUGCCGGUGUAUGGAAAGAACUACUGUUGCGGGGUAAUUAUCGGAGAAAGGAUGGGAUCAACUGCUCAUCAUUUGUCAUUCGAAGUAUACAGAAACUUUUGAAUGGAGGGACAUUAAGGGGUCAGGGAUUUGACAUCCACAGUGGCCCCUGGCAUUUCCCAUUUAUCGGUGAGAAACAGAGGGAUUUUGAGGAGAAAUAUAAUGUUCUAAUUGUACUGAUUACGGUGGAAGGGCUAGGGAGUACUGACCGAUAUCUCUGUAUCUUCCCGUGCAACAAGCCCGACACUUUUCUCUGCUUUUGGUAUAAAUCGACUGGAUACUUCCAUAUUUCCAUGGAUUCUCCCGACAAUAUCGAUAAAUACGAGCAAAUGGAGUUGGGAAUCAUUCCAAAAGACGAGACAAUGAAAGUGACAUCGGAGAAGAUCAAUGAAUGGACAUAUAAACGGAUAGGUCUGGACGGCCAAAUACCGACCAACAUUCGA